AAAACUAAAAGUUGACCGCAGCACUCUACUGUUUAUCCCAAGACAAAAAAUAGUGCGGCAGUCAUUCAUUUUUAAAGUCUUCAAAUCAACCCUUUUUUUAAAUAACAAAACUUGCCUGUGCUUUUACAUGAUUGAUUACACGCAUGCAGUACUCUCUAUAUGGAAUUACAUUAAAUUGAUUGAACAAAACAACAACAACAUUCGCGUAUGAAAAUUGAUUUGGCCCGGUGGUGUUUUGUACUUUCAGAGUCUAACAGUAUUUGAUUAUUUGAUUGCAGUGUGGAUUAACUAAUUAACCCUGAACAAAAGCCAGGAAUCCAGCACGAAUUGGGUUUGGAACAGUGUGUCACCUCGAAGAUGGCUAGAGCCGAUCUGGAUGCAAUCCAGUCUAAACUUAAACAGGCGAUCCAAAACCAUCAGAAGCUGGUCGUGAAGAUGAAGGCAGAUCCUGAGAACACUGGACUAAGAAGCCGAAUACACCAUUUGCAGGGAGAAAUCAUGGUACUUAGUGAUGAGCAAAAAACUAUUGUUCAGAAUUUAAGAAAGGAGCUGGUGAAACAACAACCGUUGCAAGUAUUGGCAUCCAAACCAGUCAGCAAUCCUGCUAGUCAAGCGAGAAUACUGCCACGACCUCCGCAAAUACAGACCCAGGCCAUCCUUCUACCCACCAACAUGCCAUCGGCCUUCAGUCUUACGGUUCCAGCCGCACACGUCAAGGCUCAGGUUGUAACCAGUGUUCCUGUCCAACAGCUAACGGCACAGCAGCUCACAGCUCAGCUGGUCAGCAGUGGUCAGGCAGUCACCAUCCAGCCGGCCAGCAUUGGUCAGACGCUCCAAGCGACUGAUCUGAGCUGCAAGAUGGCGUGGGCGACGAUGCCGCAGACGCUUACAGUGAACAACAACAUUGCGCUGAAGGCAGUUCCACCGACUGCUCCCCCCCAAGUCACCCGUAGCUCCUCCCCACCGAUCCGCGUCCCACAGUACCACAUCAACACCAACAACAAACCCGCAUUGCAGGGUUCCCAAGCAUUAAACAACCAUAAUGAAAACCGGAUGCCUCCACCAGAAAUAUCAAAACAUCGAAAACUUUCCGACUCAGAUGUGUCUGGCAAAGACGUGAAAGAUGUCAGAAGGACCAUCGACAAACGACAUAAUAGCUCACCCGAAGAAAGGAAGAAAAUAGAGUUUAUGGCUUGCCUCGAUUUAGUAUCACCUGACUCACUGAAAGAAUUGCAGGGCAGAAGAACUGAAAGAAAACGACGAUCAACCGCCAAUCCUCAGUUUACAUACCACUUUGAACAAGCAAGGAAAAGGGUUUCUAACUAUUUGCUCAACUCACCUCAUGGCAUAAAACGACCAAGAGGUCGUCCACCCAAGCACGGUCCUUCUCCGACCAAUAGUUGCCCCAAUACGCCCGAUUCUUCCGACAGUCCAGGUGAUUGGAAGAAUGGAUUCCUGGAGAAUCCGAUUACUGAUGACAGCUGUGCGGUGUGUGGUAAAGAGGGAGAGGUUCUGAUGUGUGCUGUGUGUAGCCGUGUUUACCACCUGGAAUGCUUAAACCCACCUCUUGACUCCAUUCCUCAAGGCAACUGGAGUUGUCCCAAGUGCCAAGCAAACAACAAACCUGCCCUUGACCCUGCAGCUCUGGCCAUGGUCAACUCGUACAUUGCAGCUAAAGCAGUGAAGGAAGAUGAGAAAAGAAAGCUGCAAAAGAAAACAUCAGAAUUGUCCAAUGAAAAGACUCAGUUAGAAGUAAAGUCAAAACAGCUUCAGGAGAGUUUUCAGAGACAAGUUCAGCAAAACCAUCAACUGAUAGCGGUCACAAACAAAACCCGACAGUCCAUCGACAAUCUGAAAAACUUGAUGAAGGCAGUGCAGUCAUCAUAGCCAUCACACGGUCUGAAGCAGAAUAGCUUUGUGUCAUUAUUUCAUUCUCAUGAUAUUCAAAUAAGAUUGGAUUUAUUUAAUCAAACAAUUUUUUUAUUUUUUUUGCCUGAUAAAAAAGAUAUCUGGACAAUUAAAGACAUACUGAGGUACAUGUUUUUUUUACAACUCAUUUUUGUAAGCAAUCUUCAGUUAGCUUAUAUCAUGCCAAGUGUCAGACAUUGCUUGAAAAGUAUGUCACUGGAACUUGUUUAGUUUAUUAGCUUGCAUCUUUGUUGAAGUAUUUGGCUUUGAUGUUAAAGUAUGUCGUUUUUUAAUAUGGGACUACAUGAUUUGUCAACUUAAAUGCUAGGCAUUACUCUGAUCUAUUUUAUUGUGUUUUUUUAAUUAACUUGGUCUUUUUUGGUCUGAAUAAAACAGUUACCAGGCAGGUAAGCUACUGGUUUCAAAAUGAACAAAGUUUCUUUUCACAACGUCAAACCUACCUUAUGUAGAGUAGAUUGUUUUUUCUCCUUACUUUUAUUAUAUAAUUUGGUCUAGUAAUGUGUGGCCAGAACAUACUUGCAGUAUAUUUUUUAUUAUAAAGACAGAAAAGAAGAAACAUACUAGCAGAAUAGUUUUAUUGUAAAGACAGAAAAGAAGACACUUUACUGUACAUAAUAAUGGGCAGUUUAUAUCUAAAUACUUAGGGAUUUUUAUCAUCAUGUUGGCCGUUACGUCAGUCUCCCAUAACCUACAUAAGUCUGAUUUGUACAAUGUUUCACAUUCUACUACAUCUCUGCUAUUGUGGUUAUUUUGCCAGAUAGGUGAAUUUGUGUUGCAAAGAUUCAUUCUGUAAAGUAUGUAUAAUAUCCAAUUAAAACAACUGGUUGGCAAGAUAAUAAAAAGAAGACGUAAAUAGACAGAUAACUAGUUUAACGUGCUCAUAUACCACUAGGGUUUCGAACACGCCCAUCCAGAGUCUGACCUCCGAUAAGAUCGGGGUCCUGACUCGGGACAGGAAUGAAGACGUAAGAAUUUCUUUUGAUACAAGUAUAGUGAUUUGUUUGUGUGGUAUAAAAUUUGUAAUAAUUGUUGGUCCAGUCUUACUGAUGGUUGUGAAAAAUGCCUUUCUGAUGAAUGUGAUGCAGUGUGUGUGUUCAGUAGCAUAGGUGUCUUAAUUUAUUUUUAUGUUUGUUAAAUGUCAUCUGAAUUGGUGCUUUGUACUUACUGAACGAGAUAACAAUUGAAGUUUGUUUUGUUCAAAAAUCCACUUUCUUUCAAUUACUAUAUCUAUACAAAUUAGAGCUAGUGGCGUAAUUGAAUAAAACAAACAUCAACUUGAACUUUUUAAUAUUCCAAAUUAUUCAAAACAUAAAAUAGACAGUUUCACAUUCCUUCGGGCAGCUGUUCAACUUGUGUUUGAGUAUAGAUUAUUCAGUAUUCUGGUGUUGUGGUUAACCUGGCAAUCUCACCAUCCUACUCUAUACUAUUGUUUACUAAUAUAUUAUGCAAGAAGACAAAGACACAACCAAACCUGCAUGUUUAAUACUUUGUUUUUGCUGCUAUCAGUGGAUACACUCGCUUCCUUGGUGUAAUAUAUUGCUUAGUAUAUUGUACAACCAAAUAGUUCCAAAGCAUUAUGCUCUAAGGAUGAGAUGCGAGUUCAGUGGUAGAGAUAGAGAAAAAUAUUUUAUUAAAUGUAGCACUCAACAUAUUUUAAUUACAGUUAUAUAUUGCAUCAGACUUUAUUAGAAUGGAAACACACUACUACCACACAAUGGGCUGAAAAAAUUAACAGCAAGGGGUCUCUUAUAUUAUGUAUUAUCCAACAUCCUUUGUUACACCAGUCAUGGUGCACUGGCUGGAAUGAGAAAUAUCCCAAUGGGCCCAUCGAUGGGGAUCGAUCCUAGACUAACUGCACAUCGGGUGAGCACUUUACAACUGAGCUAUCCACCCAUCCCUGAAUUGGGUGGUAAAGUGUUAGUCUGAGGUGUGAUGAAUUGUCAGAUCAAUCGUUCUUGGUGGACCUGUUGGGCAGUUCCCCAUUUAAUCCAGUGUCCUCUGGCUGGUACAUCAAACAAGUCUACACCAGGAAAAGUGAGUCACCACUUGUGCUUCCCUCAAGCCAUGCCUGAAUUUUUAAUUGUUUUUAGGAGAUUGGCAAAUUGAUCGCCUUACAGUACAAAUUUUAGAAGGCCGAUGUUCAGCUUGCCUUGAUUUUGGUCAUGGUAAGGACUUUCAGAGGCUAUGGCAUGUGCUGUCCUGUCUUUAGGAAAGUGCAUAUAAAAAAAAUCCUUGCUGUUAUGUAGCAGGAGUAGCCCAUGUGUUGAAAUAACCAUGUUAGACAUCAACUAGCCAUAGUUUAAAAUGUGUUGAGGUGUUAUUAAACAAACAUUCCUAUUCUCACUCAGUGAUUGCUUUGUAAUAGAUUGGUGCUAGCAUAAAUCAAAGAAUGACACAUUACAGGAAGAAACUAAAUGCUUAAUUGCAAUAAAAUAUUCUGGAGAUUGCAGCAUAUAGUUUCAGUGUUAAUGAAAUGUGUGUGUCUUCCGCCAUGUUUGUACAUAGAUAGUAGGCUGAUGUGCCAUGUGGUCUUUCAAAAUGCUUAAAUGUCUCAUUCCAUUUAGUCACCAUUUAUUUUUCUGCCUGUUAUCUUCAUUUAGUGCUAUUAGUGAUUAUCUUCUGUGUAUUGUGUUAAAAUAUUUCAAAUACACUAAGAACUGAUACGUAUAAAUAGUAAUUAAGGUCGAUGACAGUCACUCUUCACACCCUUGUUUUGGCUUUGUACGCAAUAAAUAUAGCAUAUCUCACCGUAAUUUCACUUGAAAUCCUUAUUUCGUAAAUGGUAAAAAAAAUUAAUGACAAGAUUUUCUUUAUCCACAUUCAGGUGCAUUAGUAAUGUUCAAACAAAAACUGUUUUAUAGCAAUUUUGCAUUGGAAUUUUUCCAGACUUCUGAAAACAUAAACGUAAUGUUUACAGGUUGGUAUGUUUUAAUUUUUCACAAUUCUGGAAAGAAAAAAAAAGUACCUUUUGUGAAAUAUAUCGUAUCAAAAAAUUACUGUUGAAUAGGUUCUAUGUGUUGUGUACAAAGCCAAAACAAGGUUGUGAAGAAUGACUGCCGUUGACCUUAAUAACGUUUUGGUACAGUCUUGUAAGCGUUGACCAGAAUAACAAACUUUAUACAUUAUGCUGUGUUUAAAUAUACAAGUUCUGCAAAUUUUAUAUAAUAAAAUUAAUAUUUUCUUGGCUAUAUCAAGAUGCAGCUAAAUUAAGGCUUAUUAAAUAGGCAAAUUUCAAUUGAAAGUUUUAAUGAAUUUAUUACAAAAUAUUUUUUAAAUGUUGGUAUCACUCGAGAAGAACCUUUUCACAGAUACCACAAAUAUAACCAACAAAAAAAAAAGUGCAGAACCAUUUGUGACACCCAAUAGCUGAUGUGUAUCUUUGUGCUGGGGUGUCGUUAUUCAUUCAUUCAGUCAGUGCAUUAGGAUUAGAAAAAUGUUUAUUAUCUCCCUUUAGAGUCCAUGACAAAACUUAUUAAACAUAUUCUGCAAAUUCAUUCAGUUUGUAUUUGGUGAAUGUUAGGUUAAACUUUUAAUUUAAGCCUCUUUUUGCUCCAUAUCAUGGAAACCAAAAAGAAUAUAAGAAGGUCUAACAGCGCAUAUACUAAUAAUAAAAACAAAUUCUCUCACAACUUUCAGUUUAGUGCCUUUAGAAGGAAUAUUUCUACUGUUAGUACAUAUGCUAACAGUAGUACAUAUGCUAUUUCUACUGUUGUGAAGAUAUAUAGCAAGUGUAUUACCAGUAUAUUGUUUGUCAAAUCAUACAUUUUCUACAUGUCCGAGAUUGAAAUUUCAACUAUGCAUGUUGUUGUUUUUUUUCUACAUGUCCGAGAUUGAAAUUUCAACUAUGCAUGUUGUUGUUUUUUGGUGUUCUUUUUUUUUUGAAAUCUUAAAUCUUAACAGAUCUAGGCUCCUGUUGUUUUAUGAUAAUCCUAAUUCAAAAACAGUCAUAUUGUAGAUGGAUACAUCGAAAAAUUGCUCAAUAUUAUAGCUUAACAAAACUAUUCAUCUUUGAUGGGAAUGUAGUUUUUAAUGUUUAUUACCUUCAUUUGCAUGAUGAACUAGUCAAGCUGUUCUACUACUUAUUUUAACUGUCUACGUUGUGCCUACUCUUGUGCUUCCAGUGCAUCUAGUUUACAGUGUUGAAUGUAUAGUUGAAACAUAACAAAAACCUUGUUGGUGUCAUUUACGAAGUUUUAUGCUCUGAGAUUUGUAAUAAUUAUCGACUAGCGGAUACAAAAAUUACAAAUGACUCAAGUUUUCACAUCUUACUUUUGUAUUUAUUCUUGUCGUUAAUCUUGUUACUGGCCAUUGACAAUGAAAUUCCGACGUCCAUUUACUGGUAUUGUGGGUAAAAGUUAUACUUUGAAUGUGUUAACCUACGGUUGAAAGUGCUAAAUCAUUACGUAAUACAUGUUUAUGUGACUAUGAAUUGAGUUGUUAAUGUGACCGAAUUGAGUUGGCAGUCAUCUGAAAUGUGCGCCAACCCACGUUAGCUGAUGCAACAGUCUUAUCAAUGAUAUGCAAGUUGUAAUCGGGGCAACACUGCAUAUUAAAGACAUGGGGCCUAAUUCACAAAGCUCUCUUAGACUCUGCUAGACAACAAAGUAUCCUCUUUGCAAGUAUUUUAGCACUGCACUGCGAGAUCGCAGUUGCGAGAGUUUAGUGAAUUAGGCCCAUGAUCGUCACCCAGCACAUACUUAAAUCUAAACAGUUGAGAUUCGGUAAUAGCGCUGAUGUGGCGGUCUUGGUGUUUGAGGUCUGCUCGGCACAGCACAUGAAAUGUGUUAAAGUAAUAUGUUGCAUGUGAUAAACUGUUAUAUCAGAUCUGUUAAAUUUAUUUAAUGUUAGAUGUUAUUAAUGGUAUCGGAUGUGUUAAUCUACUACAUUUAUUACACCUCACUAUUUUCCAAUAAUCAUGUAAUAUGUUACAGAGUGAUCUGUAGUGAGCAACAGUCUUUAUAGGCCACAUUUUGAUACUUUAGUCCGCGACUGCUGAACACAGACUUUAUUGUACAUUACUGAAACAAAACAUGGAAUAAGAGAUACUAACGUCCAUUCAUGAGUAGCUUUUUCUAUAUUCAUAACAUCAUCAUAUAACAUCCAAUUUGUCCUGUUUGAUGGACCAAGCUCUUUUCAUUUGUUGUAAUUAUAGUUUACGAUUUUUUUCAGUUUUCUAGUCUUUUUCUACAAUAGAAUCCUGGCUAAUGGCUCAAAUUAGGGAUUGUGAUGUCACAUUCCUUUCAUAUUGAAUGACUAUAAUUACAAUAGCAGGCACAUGUGCAAGACGUUGUGCAGGGAUGGGGUAGGGGGCAGACUGGCGAGCAAGGUUUUUUUUUCUUUUGGGAGGGGGGUGGGGUGGGAGGUGUCAUGUCAUGCUUACUAGGAAAAUGUAUUAAGACAAACAAAAAAAAGCUGUGUGUGUGUUACUAUCCCCAAAACCCUUCCUCUCCAGACAUACCCGAGUAGUCUGGUUUCUAAAUCUGACUAGGAUUCAAAGUUCCAGUAUGGUGUCAGUUUGUUUAAAAAAAGCAUUGGCCUAGUCUUGAUACAGCUCAUCUUAAAAAAAUGCAACUCAUUUAUAUGAAUGUACAAGCUUUCAUUACUACCAGUCACCCCACAAAUCACAGAUACUAAUUACAACUAUAAAAUUUCAGACAUAAUGGUUACAAAUGUUUGCAAAACUGCACUGCACUAAAUAUCAAAAGAAAAAUGAAGCACAAUGACCAUAUCAAUUGUGAAUGUGAACAGUCAUUACAAGCUGCAUUUAGCAAUAAUGGAUAUACAUAAUUAUGUGAUGGUUAUGUAUUAAAACAUACAUAUAGAAAAAAAAAGGAUAAUCGUGGUAGUUAAUGGAAAAGUAUAUGCUAUAUAAAGUUUCCACUAUCACAAACUUAACUGGAUUUAGUAAGCUACAUUUUAUUUUGAUACAUAUACCAAGACUUCCUAAUUAACUGGCCAAAGACGUGUGAAAAGCUUUUGUGUACAUCUGCCUUACAAUGUAAAUGCAGUUUACCUGUAAAUAAAGUACUAAUUUAAAUCAUUGUACAAUCGUAUACAUUUUGCCAUACUAAGAUGUGAUUGAAUGUGUAAAUGUUUUUUUUUUCUUUUUAUACUUUUGACAUGUUCUUUACUAUGGAAACAUGGCUAGUGACAUGUGGCAACCAGUCAAUUAAAUUGCUACAUAUAUUUGUGUACAAAGUGCAGCAUGUUACAUGUUCAAAGUGUACAUGCGUUUUGUACUUAAUGUAACAUGAAUAAAGCUAAUUUAAAUCUA